UGGUAAAACUCAAAAACUGGCCACAACUGUAUCCUUGAAAUAACAAUUAGGCAUAAAAAUGUCUUCAUACAUGUAAAAAAUUGGCAAACAGUAGUAACCUGGCUCAGAGGAAGAUAUGAUUCAUGUAUAAUGGCAGUUUUUCUUGUGAUUAAAGGAUAACACAAGACUACUUCACGUUGUCAAAUUUCACAAAUGGUUGUUGAAAGCAAAAAUGCUAUCUAAAGUAUAUAUUUUAUGAGAAAGUGUGACAUGCUAGAGCAAAAUGGGCGCAAUUUUUAAAAUCAGCAUCACACAAUUAGUAAACAAGAAGGUAUGGAUUUCAUUCAGCAAAUAUAAUUCAGUAAAAUAGACUUGAGCUAUUGUGACAUUGCCUUUUGUUUGAACUAAGCUGUAUAAGAUGCACUUUUGCUGCUCUAUAUAAAAUCAGUAGUUAUCACUCUCAAUUACUGUGCUGUUGCUUGGAGUCAAUAGAUAGUCAAAUCAAUAGGUCUGUAUCUUGAUUUAACUGCUCCUGCUUCGCUAUUUCUGAAGAUAUGAAGUAACAACUUAUCUGAACUCUGCUUAGAUUCCUAUGGCUUUCUUUGCUCAAAACCUCUUCGACACCUAAAGACUGACUCUUUAUAUUUUACAAAAGCCCACUGUUUGAGAUUUUCCAUCCUAUCUAGUAUUCAAAUGUAUGCGUAUUAUCUGUUGGGCAGGCUCUCUGUGGUCAAUGGGGGGAGAGCUUCCUUAUCUCAGUCAAACCUGAGCACCACGGACGUUCUGUGAAACAGUGGUUUCCUGCGUAUGGUAUUGUCAGUUCUUGCUUUCUUUUUUCUUCAUUACGAUUUCGUUUCCUUCUGUGUGCUUGCAACAUUCCUAAACAGCAUUUGAAAUGACACCGCUACAAUUCAAAGAUUCUUUUUGGGUGAGUAAACAGGUUGAGCUACUUUGACAUUAGAUUGAGCGUUGUUGUCUGCUAGGGCUGACAUACCUGAGGUUAACAGUAUUGCAUAUGAUUGACAGCACAGAUUAUUAAAGUCUAACUUCCAAUAAUUCACCAGCAUCACAUUGCCGUGCGCUUUAAAAGAACAGAAAGUAAGGAAUUGGACCACUUAUUAAAUCUAAAGUAUUUUUUUGUGCACUGCCAUUCUCGUUCAUUUGUAUCACGAAUAAGAAAUUCUGCUAUAAUCUGCAAUUGUUUCUGUUUUUUUAUUUGAUGCGUUUUAGUUCGAUGUUGGUUUAGUUUUGUACUGACAGUAAGGGACUGAGAUAGAAAUCAUCGAAAUGAUUCAAUGAAACACUGAGGGUCUCGCAAAUUAAGAAUGAUUUUUAAGAAUAUGAUUUUUUGUGGCUGCCUUUAAAAAAUACUUCUCUUUGGGGGUUUAGUGUUUAUAUUUAUACAUCCUGAUAUUGUGUCAUGGAGAUGAUCUGUUGGCUUCCUGUUGAGCGUUUGACUGUGUGCCCGCUCUAUCCUUUUUUUAGCUUUGAUCUUGAGUUGUCAGAGCAUCUAUCUACAAAGCAACUUCUGGGUUGAUUUGCCUGUCAAACCAUGCUAGUGCAUGUAAAAUAUAUGCUUAAGUUGUGUAAAAAAAGAAAAAAGAAAUAGUACUACUGUUUCCUUUCUGCUGCAAAUGUGAAAAUGAAGUAAAUAUAAAUGAGGGAUCUGUUUUCCGUUGCAUUACAUGUUAAUAUUAUUAAUAUUCCAUUAAUAUAUGUUAAUAUUCCGUAGCGGUCCAUGUAAAUGGUCACAGUAAAUGAUUAAACUGUUUAACCAGCUCAGAGAGUCUGGUACCAAUUUUUUUAUUUUAUUUUUUUUGCAUAGACUCCAACUUAUUCAAAUAAUUUUGAUGAAUACAGUACAACAAGUAGAAAGAAAUUCCCAUGGAUUCAGGAUUAAAACUGAGAUUCACGGCCUCACAUGCUAGAAAUACUACAGAGAGAGAGUAUAUCGAAACGGAAUCGCUUUUGUUCUUUUUCAAACUAAUUAUGUUAUAAUAAACAAUCCUAUUAGGGUUUAUGUUACUGGAUAAAUAUAGUCUAAUCCUCUGGUUCCAGGGCACAGAAUUCACCAGUAACGCUGGGUACGAGACCCUUAUCCAGAAGCUAUGUGAUGGGCGGCGGGCUUGCAAGGAUGUGGAGGAGCUCUUAAAAAUGAGAGCGAUGGCAGAGGAAAGGUACGGCAAGGAAUUAAUUACUAUUGUACGCAAGACAGGAGGGCAAAGUGAAAUUGGCACUUUGAAUGCAUCGUUUGACCAGCUAAAAGCCCAAAUGGAGAACAUUGGAAAUUUGCACAUUCAGCUCUCUGGGAUGUUACGAGAAGAGGCGAAACGAAUGGAGCAGUUCAGAGAGCGACAAAAGGAGCAGCGGAAAAAGUUUGAAGGGGUCAUGGAAAAGGUUCAGAAGAUCAAAGUGUCAUUAUAUAAGAAAACCAUGGAGUCUAAAAGGACGUAUGAACAGAGGUGUAAAGAGGCGGAUGAAGCUGAACUGGCUGCUGAAAAGCUCAACAGUACACCCACUGUAACCCCUAAACAAUCUGAAAAGACACAAAAUAAAGCAAAACAGUGCAGGGAUGCAGCAACGGAUGCAGAGAAACAGUACAUGGCAAACAUAGAGCAGCUGGAUAAGAUUCGUCAGGAAUGGGAGAUCACGCAUGAGUGCACAUGUGAGGUUUUCCAGCAGCAGGAAGAUGAUCGCAUUAAUAUUUUGAGAAAUGCUAUUUGGGUCCACUGUAAUCACUUUUCCAUGCAAUGUGUCAAAGAUGAUGAGUGUUAUGAGGAGGUGAGGAGUGUGCUAGAACUGUGUGACAUCACGGAAGACAUCAACAGUUUCAUCAAGACGAAAAGCACUGGCACCACUCCAGCAGCGCCCAUUGUGUUUGAAAACUAUUAUGAAAGAGAGCCAACAACAGACAGCAAUGGCAUCGCACGCUUUGGAGGAGGUGUGAUAAAGAGGUUUUCAAAUCUCUUGCAAGGCAAUCAUGCCGUUGGCUCCAGGACUAAUAACAAUGAAUGUGUUCAGCCAUCAGCACCUCAAUCAGCUGACACUGCAGAUGGAGUGUAUGCCUCCAUUCCUGGAUUUCCACAGGCGACUGCAGACAGUGCUGGCUCUCAAAGCGGCACAUUCCAGGCUCAGUAUGACUAUGUGGCUCAGGGCGCUGAUGAGCUCUCCAUCUCUGCGGGGGAAGUGCUGCUCGUGGUGGAACAGGGAGGAGACGGCUGGUGGACGGUGGACAGAGAUGGCCAGACGGGGCUGGUGCCAGGCUCCUACUUGGCCAAGAUAUGAAUCAAGAGUCUAGCACAAACUUCAAAGUCUCUCCAUGUCCUUAAACGCGCUCUUUAAUAACAGAGUUAUUAAGGGCACUCCCUACAAAAGAUUUGGUUGCUUAAAUGCAUUUAAGCAGUAGCACAUCCAUCCUGAAAAUCUGUAUGGAACGUAGUAAAUGAAUCAAAAACU